GGUCUGUAGCCACCAGUAUAUUUUUCUCCUCAUCUGUUGAAGAGGUCUGACCAGCGGUGUCAGGGGUUGUGACGACCACCACUUCCUCCAUGUGGACGUUCACCUCGGAGGUCGAAGCCAUGGAAUCAGCAGCAUCUGACAGCUCUCAGAAGAUCGAGGCGGUGUUGACCAGCUCCUCCUCAGGUCUAGAGGGCUUCAAAGCUCACGCCGUCUUCCAGGAGAUCAAUAAAAAACUGCAAGAGAAUGGAGAAGAGUUUGUGAAGAAGAUCGGAGGCGUGUUCGCUUUCAAGGUUAAAGAUGGUCCAGGUGGGAAUGAGGCAACGUGGAUCGUUGAUGUGAAGAAUGGAAAAGGCUCCGUUCACAAUGAAACGGAAAAGAAAGCCGACUGCAAUAUUACGAUGUCUGACUCUGACCUGCUGGCGCUCAUGACGGGAAAGAUGAAUCCUCAGACUGCGUUCAUGCAGGGCAAACUCAAGAUCACUGGAAACAUGGGCUUGGCCAUGAAACUCCAAAACCUACAGCUGCAACCUGGCAAAGCCAAGCUGUGAGAGGCGGAGCAUCGUGUGGGUGGAGUCCGGUGUAGCCCCGCCCCAUGUGCACUUAUUAGUGUAGCUGCACUCAUACAGAUGUCAGAUUCUGUGCUGUGUUCAGCUCUUUUCUAACAGGUUAGAUGAAAAGUUAUUAACCGUUGCCAUUAUUUAUUUGCCCUCAUUAUUUUCAAGCGUGCUUAUAUUUUCUCUGUGCAACACAAAGGGGGAACAUUUUUGAUCUUUUUAAAGCUUGCUGGGUGUUUUCAGUACAAACUGUGAUUGUAUGGAAAGAAAAAAACAAAAUGUUUAACGACGUAAAGGGCAAGUAAAUAAUGAUUUUAAUUCAUGAAAUUGUAAAUGACACUAUGAAAUGAAUACUGUUCUUAGUAAAAUCUAUUUGAUAUUAUUGAGUUGCCCCCCAUAAUAAUUUUCAUCUGUAUGUGUGUUUAUUGACAUAUCAACAUAUCUUACUGUUUGUCUAAAUCUGUGUGUUACGGCUCAGUUGUUACUGUAUUAAAGGUCAAAAUGUUAAAGUGCCUGCAGGUUGUUUGGAAGAAACCUCAAUGUACAGAAGAAAGCACUGACAGAUCUGUGAAUACAAACACAAACUUGGCUUUGAUGCACAGACCUUGAAAUACACGUCAGAAUUAAGAGGAUGCAUAACGAUUAAUCGCGAUUAAUCUAUAGCAGAAUAAAAGUUUUUGUUUACAUCAUAUAUGUGUGUGUGUGAGACUGUGUAUAAUAAUGAUGUAUAUAUAAACAUGCACAAAUGCAUGCAUAUAUUUAAGAAAUGUUUACAUGUGUAUAUACAUUUGUAUAUUUAUGUUUAAUUUAUAUUAUAUAUAAAUAAAUACAAAUACUUAAUAUAUAAAUUAAAUAUAUAUAUAUAUUUUUUAAUUAAAAUUAUACAUGCAUGUUUACAUAUAUAUAAAUAGUUAUUAUACACAGUUCACACACAUAUAUGAUGUAAACCAAAAACUUUUAAUCUGCUAUAGAUUAAUCGUUAUACAUCCCCACGUCAGAUACAGAUUUAUUAGAAGUAUCCUGCAUGUUUAUUGCAGUGUGUUGUCUGUGCAUUGAGUCUUUUUGGACUUUUUGUGUGCAUGUGAAUGAUUAUUUAAUUGCAGGUUCAUUUUUUCAAUUGGUUAUAUUUUUUAAUAUUUUAUAUUUUAAUAAUUUGGUACUCAUUGUAGAUGUUACAGACCAUAACAAUUUAAUAUUUUAUGUAAAACAUAACUUAUGUAUCUGAAAAAUCUGGUCAAUUAUGUUACUGUCAAACUGUCAAAGUAGAGUAAUAGUGCUGACAAUAUAAAAAUGAAUUGUCAGUCAUACACAAAGAAACAUUCGCGCUCUCUCUCUCUCGCUUUCAGCACUUUUAGACUAAUUUGGACAACAGAAAGUCAUAAUUGUCAGCUAUAUAAGACACUUUUAAUAUAUUUUGUUAUGGCCUGUAACAUCUUGUGAUCCAUGACAAUGCAUACAAAAUUUGUAUUAAAUAAAUAAAAAUAUAGCAAUCUGAAAAAGCAGGAAAAAAUAAGGACUUUGAACACCAAAUGUACUUGCAAUAUUAUAAUAACACAUGUGUAUAUGUCAUGCAUCUCACUAAUACCUACUAUUUUAAAAUCUCUUUGUACUAAAUAAAUUUAAUCUUUGGCAUUAAAUGGAAGGUGA